AUGAACAAACAGAUGUACGACGACAUUCAAAAUGCAAAGCGCAAAGCAGAGGAGCAACUUCGACUUCUGGAGCUACAAGAGCGAAGUCUGCAAAUGGGUGCCAACACCCACGAUCUCGAACGCAUCUCAACUAGGUUGAACCGCAUCAGUCUGAAUGGGCCUGUUAGUGAACCCACCACGCCUCCAGAGUAUGCCGAAAGUGGCUUCAGUAAUCGAUUCUCUCGAUCCAGCCGACUUUCUGUUAACAGUGUAAUAUCUCCUCCUGGCCUCGGCAAGCGUAUAUCUCAGUCAAGCUCUCAAAUCACUUCCCCCCCAGGCAACCGUCUGUCAGGCAGCGGGAUGUUUAACCAAUCUCAAAAGCCAUCGGCCAAGUCUGUUCCUGGUUCUCGUCGUGGAUCUGACGAGGACGAGUACUAUCCUGAGGAUCUCCCUACAACUCGAGCAGCUGCGACUCUCAACCGAUUCUCCAUGCCAGUCAAUAGCAAUCGUCACCCUCAACGUCUCAGUCUCAGUGGUGCAACUCAGUCUGCCUACGGCCUCGCAAAUACUACCAGCUUUCUCUUCGAUGAGGACGAUGACAGACAUUUGUCACUGAAUGCCAUUGACUUGAAGUCCCCUGUUGCCAAAGCUUUCGCACAGCUUGAAGGCGACGAUACGUUUCCCACUUUGACCUCAGACGGUCUCAAGCUCUCGGCCAAUUCUGCUGCUCUGGAUCUUGCAAACUCAAGAACUCCAGAUCUGGACUGGGCCCUCGGAUCUCGCUAUCGUCCAUCUCACCAGAGCAUGCCUCAUACAGAUUCCUCCAUGUAUAGACCUGUUCUCAGCAACCUCCACAGUCCACCAGCAGAUCGGCCAACCGAUCUUGUUCGUCGAAAGUCACAGCGUCAUUCUCUCGGAGUUACUUUCGAAGACAAUUCGCCUCUCCCUGGCAAUCUAUCCGUUACACGGCCCGCAUCACUCCAGACAUCGUAUUCUACAAAUGACGUUCCAACGGUCAAGAAAUCUUUGACUCUUGACUCGGUCUCCACCCCACCCAAGUCCCAAGCUGAGCAGCAGUUUCAUAACCACAACGUCAGCUUAGGUCGCAUUCCAGUCAACGCUGUCAACAAUCGUCAGAGCCGUGAAGUUGUCAACGGCGGGGCUAAGAUCGAUGAACAGGCCAUCACCUCAGCUGCAACCAUGUCAAGCCUCCAUGCCAGCGCUGCUCCCUUUAAUACCAAUUUCACUGCUUCAGGCGAUUUGGCUGGCCUCACCAGCCCGACUGCUGCCUAUUCUACUGCUCCUCCUUAUCAGUACAACAUGCAGAACUUCAAUGUCAACCAAAUGAAUGCUCCAGGCUCCAAUGGAGCGGUCCAACCUUAUGGUCAAGCCCCAGGUAUGUUCGGCGUCAGCAAUAAUUACGCCAACCAAGGCCAGCGUGGAAACCGUCGCAACCACAAUGAUGAAGCUCGAUUCAACAACGUCCCCCUUGAGUCUUACCGCGGAAGUCUCUAUGAACUUUGCAAGGAUCAACAUGGCUGCCGUUAUUUACAACGCAAGCUUGAAGAAGGCGAUCCCGAGCAUACUCAAGCCAUAUUUGUCGAGACUUGCCCACAUAUCAUUGAAUUGAUGACUGAUCCCUUCGGCAAUUAUCUUUGUCAGAAACUCUUCGAGCACUGUAAUGAUGAGCAGCGCACUACUUUGAUCAAUACCGCUGCUCCUGCUCUGACCACCAUUGCUCUCAAUCAACACGGCACUCGUGCUUUGCAGAAGAUGAUCGAGUUUGUCCAUACACCAGAGCAAAUCGAUACCAUCAUCCAAGCGUUGUCGAACCGAGUUGUCGAACUUGUCCAGGAUCUCAAUGGCAACCACGUGAUCCAGAAGUGCCUCACCCGACUUGGAGCUGAGCGAUCUCAGUUCAUCUAUGAUGCUGUUGGCAAGUACUGCGUGGUAGUGGGUACUCAUCGUCAUGGUUGCUGUGUUCUUCAGCGUUGCAUUGAUCAUGCUCAAGGUUUUCAGCGUGCUCAACUUAUUGCUCGCAUCACCAACUGCGCUUUUGAUCUUGUUCAAGAUCCGUUCGGCAACUACGUCGUUCAGUAUAUCCUCGAUCUCGAUGAAGCGGCAUUCACCAAACCGCUUUGCCAGAGCUUCGGAGGUCGCGUCCCCGCAUUGUCGAAGCAAAAGUUCAGUUCCAAUGUCAUCGAGAAAUGCCUCCGUACAGCAGACCUCGAUACCAAGCGACUGAUGAUCGAAGAGAUGCUUAAUGGUGCGGAGCUUGACAAGAUGUUGCGCGACUCCUUUGCCAACUAUGUCGUUCAAACUGCUAUGGAUUUCGCAGACCCUGCGACCAAACUUCGUCUGGUCGAAGCUAUCCGCCCUAUCCUCCCUCUCAUCAAGCAAACUCCUCACGGUCGUCGUAUCGCCAGUAAGAUCCUCGGCAACGAUGCUCAGGGACGCACCAGCGGUACAUCAAGCGGCCAGAUGACUCCAAAUGACACAUACCUCGCCAGUUUCUCUGGAGGUCGAGCCAACAGUCGUCGAAAUAUUCAGAUUGUCGGUGGAGGGUUCAACGGUAUUAGAACUACGACAAAUGCCUACGGCGGUGAGAGCACCGAAAACCCCCCAACUAACGGCAAUGGUUUUGGCAUGAUGGGACCCACUGAGAAUGCUCUUAACAUGUACAACCAUCAAGCCUACGCAACCGAUCUGAACCAGAAUGGCUUCAAUGGCUACCCAAAUGGAGCAGUUGGCGGCAACAACGCAUUCUGA